CAUGCUCCAUUUAAGUGUUUCUUUUCUUGCUUCUAUUUUUUUAGCAAAAUGAAGCUGAAGGAAAUUGAUCGUACUGCCAUGCAGGCAUGGAGCCCUGCACAGCAGCACCCCAUUUAUCUGGCCACAGGUACAUCAGCUCAGCAGCUGGAUGCAACCUUCAGUACAAGUGCUUCUCUAGAAAUAUUUGAGUUGGACUUAUCGGACCCUUCGCUGGAUAUGAAGUCCUGCGCCACCUUCCCUUCCUCUUACAGGUACCACAAACUGAUCUGGGGGCCGCACAGCAUGACGUCUGAUGAGAGAGUCUCCGGAGUCCUGAUUGCUGGGGGUGAAAAUGGAAAUGUCAUUCUGUACGACCCAGCUAAAAUCAUAGCUGGAGAUGCUGAAGUAAUAAUUGCCCAGAAAGACAAGCACACAGGACCAGUAAGAGCGCUCGAUGUCAACAUGUUCCAGAGUAAUCUGGUGGCCUCUGGUGCUAAUGAGUCUGAAAUCUAUAUCUGGGACUUGAACAAUUUUGCUACGCCUAUGACACCAGGAGUGAAGACACAGCCUCUCGAGGACAUCAGCUGCAUUGCAUGGAACAGGCAAGUCCAGCACAUCCUGGCGUCCGCCAGCCCUAGCGGCCGAGCUACUGUGUGGGAUCUCAGGAAGAACGAACCCAUCAUCAAAGUCAGUGACCACAAUAACCGGAUGCACUGCUCAGGCCUGGCAUGGCACCCUGAUGUUGCUACCCAGAUGGUCUUGGCGUCAGAGGAUGACAGGUUGCCUGUGAUUCAGAUGUGGGACCUAAGAUUUGCCUCCUCACCACUUCGUGUUCUAGAAAGCCAUACAAGGGGUAUAUUGGCCAUUGCGUGGAGUAUGGCAGAUUCGGAGCUGCUGCUUAGCUGUGGGAAGGAUGCUAAAAUUCUCUGCUCCAACCCUAACACAGGCGAGGUGCUGUAUGAGUUGCCCACAAACACACAGUGGUGCUUUGAUAUCCAGUGGUGUCCCAGGAACCACGCUGUCUUGUCUGCGGCUUCAUUCGACGGGCGGAUCAGCAUUUACUCCAUCAUGGGAGGCAGCAUGGAUGGCUUGAGGCAGAAGCAAGUUGACCAGCUUUCAUCAUCUUUUGGGAACCUUGAUCCAUUUGGUACAGGACAGCCCCUCCCACCCCUGCAGCUUCUUCAGCAGACUGCCCCACAGAGUGUCAUUUUGCCCCUAAAGAAACCACCCAAAUGGAUCCGGCGACCUGUGGGAGCAUCAUUUUCGUUUGGAGGCAAGCUGGUUACGUUUGAGAAUGCCAAGUCUCAGCAGCAGCCAGGCAUCGAGCAGCAGCAGCAGUGUCACCAUGUCUACGUGAGCCAGGUUGUUACAGAGAAGGAGUUCCUGGCCCGCUCGAACCAGCUGCAGGAGGCUGUGCAGUCUGAAGGCUUUGCCAACUACUGCCAGAAGAAAAUUGACAUGGCCCAGGCUGACUUUGAGAAAAACGUGUGGGCCUUCUUAAAGGUGAACUUUGAAGAAGAUUCACGUGCUAAAUACCUUGAGCUCUUGGGAUAUAGGAAGGAUGAUCUGAAGAAGAAGAUUGCAUCUGCUCUGAAUAAAGAGGGUCUUGCAGAUGGUGACUUGGGAGAGGCUCCUGCAGAAUCUGAUGAAUCUGGGCCAAAUGAGGGGGACAAAGGCCAGGCUACAGAGGAGCAGUUCUUGGGAGAGAGGGUGAAGGACCAUAAACAAGAAACUGAAGAUUUGGUAUCUGCAAAGAAGACAUUUAACAUCUCUGUUAGUGGAGAUGUGGAUGGUUUGAUUACCCAGGCUUUGCUGACUGGUAACUUUGAGAGCGCAGUAGAUCUCUGCUUGCACGAUAACCGCAUGGCUGAUGCCAUUAUCUUGGCCAUCGCAGGUGGACAAGAGCUGCUUUCUAGGACACAGGAAAAGUACUUUGCUAAGAUGCAGAGCAAAAUUACCAGGCUCAUCACUGCAGUGGUAACAAAGAACUGGAAAGAGAUUGUGCAGUCUUGUGAUCUGCAGAAUUGGAGAGAGGCUUUGGCUGCUGUGCUCACUUACGCCGGGCCAGAUGAGUUUGCAGCCCUUUGCGAUCUCCUGGGAAACAGGCUGGAGAGUGAGGGGGACAGCCUUCUGCAGACACAGGCUUGUCUCUGUUACAUUUGUGCCGGCAACGUGGAAAAACUCGUUGCUUGUUGGACCAAAGCUCAGGAUGGAAACAGCCCCUUGUCCCUUCAGGAUUUAAUAGAGAAAGUCGUAAUCCUGCGCAAAGCCGUGCAGCUCACCCAGGCUGUGGACCCUAAUGCUGUGGGGGCCCUUUUGGCUGAGAAGAUGAGCCAGUACGCCAACCUCCUGGCUGCCCAGGGCAGUAUUGCUGCAGCUUUGACCUUCCUCCCUGCAAACACCAACCAGCCAAACAUCGUGCUGUUACGGGACAGGCUUUGCAGAGCUCAAGGGGAGCUGCCAGUGGGACAGGAGGCCCUCAAGGCACCAUACGAGAGACAGCCCAUGCCCAAAGGACGAGCUGGCCCUGUGGCUGGACAGAUGCAAGGGCCCCAGGCUCCAGCCCAGCAGUAUUACCAACAGGGAGACAACCCACCUCCUCCAGGGUUUAUCAUGCCAGGUGCCAUUAAUCCCAACAUGCCACCGCAGCAAGCCACAUCUUCCAAUUACAGCAUGUACUCACAAGCAGGGGCCCGGCAAACGUACCCACAGACAUAUCAGGCCACACAACAGUACUCUUGUGGAACAGGGGGACCAGCUCUCUAUCAGCCUCAGCAGCCUAUCGCUGUCCCUGCUUCAGCCUCUCACCUGAACCCUGCCCCUAACACCACCCCUCUCUACCUGCCCUCUGCCCCUGCUCACUCUGUGCCCUCUCCGCUGUACCCUGGGCAGCCUCAACCCUCCCCAACAAGCCUGAAUCCCGUCUCUUCCCUCCCUCUUCCUCCUUCUGGCGCAUCCUUUCAGCAUGGCAGGACAGGACCUCCAGCAACUUCUGUGGCUUAUACGUUACCUACUGGACCAACAGGUACUCUGCCUGCAACCAGUGACCUUCCUGCAUCCCAGAGAACAG